AUGGCUAUUGUCACUAGGAGUGGUCAAACUUUUGGUAAAGAUGUUGUUGAUCUUGGUGAAGACCCCAAUGAAAAGGCAAAUGAAGAACAAGCCAAUGCAAAGAGAAAGUGGCUAGAAGAGCCAAUUGAUAAUGAUCCAAAGCCUAAUGAGACAAGUGUUGAACGACCAACGGUAGUUGAAGAAAAUGUUGAAAGUGAGAAAACUCCGAAGGUGAUUGAGGAUGAUAUUCCAAUUAUUUUAUUGCCACAAAUCAAAAUUCCUCCCACAUUCCCACAAAGGCUCAAGAAGAAGGAUGAUGAUACCAAGUUCAAGAAGUUCCUUAUAAAGUUUAGCAAUUUAUCGGUGAAUAUUCCAUUACUAAAAGCCUUACAAGAAAUGCCUGGUUAUGCUAAAUUUAUCAAGGACUUGGUUACAAAGAAGCAAGUCAUGGAUUGCUUAGGUGCUCCCAAGCCUAUAAUUAUGAGGCUUCUAAUAAUUGAUGGUUCAAUCAAAAAACCCGUGGGUGUGUUGUAUGAUGUUUUGGUAAAAGUUAACCGAUUUAUCUUUUUGGCCGACUUCGUUAUUCUGGAUUGUGAGAUUGGUCAUGAGGUCCCAAUCAUUCUUGGUAGACCAUUAUUAGCUACCAAAAGGGCCUUAGUGGAUGUGGAAUGUGGGGAGAUAAAAUUUGGGGUAAACAAUGAAGAAGUAUCCUUCAAUGUGUGUAAGUCCAUGAAGCAAUCUAUGAACUUGCAAGUUAUUUUGGUGAUUGAUGUGGUUGAUGAUGAGGUGGUUAACACUAUUGAAAUGGAUCUUGUUAAUGACCCCUUAGUGGGUUAUUGUGGAACCUUAGGAGUGAGGUGGUUGAAGGAUUUGAUGAAGUGGUAG